AGAGAGGCUAAAGAAAUUUGGAGAUGGCGAAAUUGGGUUCUACAAUAAGCAGCGAAGCCAAGGAAAGCAUAACGCAGAGGUUGUCUUUGAUGGAGGACUUGUAUUUUCCUCUCAAGGUACAACCCUCGGCUGCCGCUAAUCCUUCCCACAGGAAGUCCCUCCUUCUCGACCUCCUUUCUACGGAUGCCGCCGUCUUUUUGGAGCGUUAUGGAUCGAAAUUAUCGCUUGAGGAACUCAAUCAAUUUGAUGUGUUGAAAGACGACUAUGAAAUCAACUGGCACUUAAAUCACCUCCGAAGUGUAAUCAACCCGACAGCAGAGGAGAGGAAGUCUAAGUUGGCAAAGAUCAAGAAUCGGAGGUUGGCAUAUAUGGAUAAGCUGAUGCUGGAUGGACAUUAUUUUUCAGAAGAUGCAAUGAGAGAAAGAGAACCGUAUUUACAUCACGAGUAUGUUGGAAAAUUUCAGGAUCCAAGUGGGAGGAGCAUGGCUAGGCCUGGGGAACGAUGGUCUGAGACACUUAUGAGACGAUCAGAAGAGGCCAUCUUGGUGGAGAAGAUCAGAGGGGAACAACAAAGGUUGGGUGUGGCUCAGAGUGAUUGGGUCUGCAAUGAAACCGAAAGGCAAGAGGAAGAGGAGGAGGAGGAAGAAGAAGAGGAGGAGGAAGAAGAAGAGGAUGAGGAAGAUGAAAGUGAAGCACAGAAUUCGGUGGAGAAGCAGACAGAGGAAGAUGUGGAAGGUAGGGCACUUGGCCUCCCUAUUAGAAGCUCCCAGACUAUUGAGGUGCAACAGGAUGACCAUGGUGGCAACAAUCAGCAGUUCAUAGCUGUAGAACCGUCGGGGCAUGACAGUUUGUCCUCGGAGGAAAUGCAAGAUCGUAUGGACCAGUUCAUGUACAUAAUGCAGCAAAAGUUCUUAUCAGGAGAAGAUCAUCAGCAUCUGGACUACUCGAAAAUUGAUGAAGAUGAGACCUUAGAUGAUCACUGGAUGAAAGAAGCAAAUCAGGAUGCUGAAGAGAAGUAUUUUGAUGAUAUCUGAGAGUAACAUGUAACAUGAACAUAUAUAUGCUCAGAAUUUUCUCUCUGAACUGUAACUUCCUUGUUUCUGUAAUCAUUUAUAGUUUUGCUUUUGCUUUUGUUAUCAGUUUGCCUCAAUUGGGAGCUCAUUUUGUAUAUCCUGCUGACAAAGGUGAAUAGCAGUGCUGGUCAAGUCGAAUGAGGAAUAGUCAUUCCCGGAGACAGCAACUAAACAAUUUUGUUGUUUACACUUCAUUUUGUCUAUAAUCUCGAGUUCUAUA